CUUCGAUCCGCCUUUCCCGGCCGUUUGGGAUACAACCAUGACACGAAAAGAGGAGGGGUGCAUUUUCUGAUAUUUUCACAAGCUUCCUCCAGACACAGGGCAUUUUACUUAUUUUGAGCCAUUUUAAAAAAAAAUCCGCCACUCUAUGUAUUUAAAAUGAAAUGCGUGUGCCCCCUCCUCUGUCCUGUGGAAUUUUCGAUUUCUUUCCUGGGGUGGUUCCGCCCGCUGUGCGUUUCUCGGCUACCGCAAGUCGCGAAGCUCCAAAGAGUGCGCAUGCGCAAUUGACCUCGGAGGAUACAAGCGGGGUGCGAAGGUGUGUUGUGCAUCUGUUGGGUGAGGAGCUCCACGGUUGUGGGUGCGCGAUGCUGGGGUGAAGCCACUUGGCGGGUUUAGGACGGCAGCGACUCUCGACCCCCCCCCCCGCUGCUUUAUCAGCUGCGGUCUCGAUCUGCCCCCUGAACAAUGGGAUUCAGAGUAUUAAGCUCCCACUAUAACCAGAGUCAGGAUUUUGUUGGGGUUAGUUAGGGGUCUCGGCACUUAAGGUGCCGCUAAGGUUGCCACUUGCCGGCCCGAGAGAGCUUUUAAACCAAGCUGUAGUUCAGGCAGAUAUUCAACAGGUGCAGCUUUCCUAAAGAUGGAGCUGCCGUGAUGAGCUGCGCCUGUUGAUUUUUUGCAUAGCGGUGCAUCUGCUAAAGUUGUGUGAGUGUGUGUAAGAGGCGGGUGGAAAAUACUUGUAUUCCCAGCUACGUGGUGAUUCAUUUCCACACUCUCCUUAGAUGAAUCCAGUAAUGCUAGGCAUGGCUUCAAAGGGUCUCUCACAUAUUUACAUAAAUAAUGAAAACCACCUUUUACAAGAUUCAGUUUAAGAUAUUGUGCCUGAUCACACUCAUUGUGCAGCUAAACCUCCAAGUCUGACUUUGGUGAAGCAGAAGCAAUGACAACAGAUUUCAUUGUUUCAAUAUUAGUUCCAACAUGGAGAUAAUUUUGAGGAAUAGAUUAUGGCACUUUGCAGGCUUGUUGUUAAGGGCAGUAAUGAGCAGAGAAAGGAAUAGGAUAUGAUAACCCUUUUUAAUUUUUCAAGUAUUCUAAUCUUUUGCUACAACUGAUAUUUCCCAAACCAUGCACACACAAAAGCAGAUUGAUUGAAUGACCUGACCUGAUGAUUUCAAAUAUGUGAAAGAUUGUGAUGGAUUAGUCUAAUUUUGGGUUUGCAGAUAGUAUUUGUUAUUCUGUCACUUUCUGUUCUCUUAAAUGGGAUGUUUCCCCUCAGCCCAAUAAAACUAAGUUAAAACUAAACAGACAGAUAAAACUAAACAGACAGAUUAGUGCUAAGAUCCACCAGACCUGUGGAGAGUGUGCAGCCAUUCUGCCUCCCCUAUUCCCCUUGCAAUUUUUUUUUUUUUUUUUUGUGAUUGGAAUAAAGGGAGGAUUACAUAUGGAUGACAACACUGUUUGUAAUCCCUCCUAAAAAUAUGAGUGCAUAAGGUAUUAUUAUUAUUUAUUAAAUUCAUUACCCACCUUUCAUAAUUAGAUCCCAGGACUGGUUACAACCAUUUAAAAUUCAUUAUUAAAAACAGUUAAAACAAAUUACAAUAUGGAAUAGGGUGGCAAUUCCACACAAAAUACUUAGUGUAUUUAGUAGCCUAACAUGAAGCCUAUAGUAGAAAUGUUCUUUUUUUAAAAAAAUUACCAACCAUUUUUCUUUAAAAAAGGUUAGGCUGGGGGAGCUGUAAAUGUUUUAACUGUCUCCAGAUCCACGCGAACUAGAAACUUGUUUCUGGAAAAUGACAGUUAUUGUUCUCACUAUUUUGAUGACACUAAGUAGGCCAAUCUGCUCUGACUCACAGCCUCUUAAUGUUGUGCACAGUGAUGAGGUCAUGAGGUAAUGGUCUUUUGUUUGUUUUGCUUCCUUCUUAUUUCAGGCAACCAGAACAAUUCUAACAAGCUUUUAAGCGAGGAAGCCAUGCCGCUCUUUGGAAACACAUUCAGUCCAAAGAAAACCCCGCCCAGGAAAUCAGCCUCACUUUCCAAUUUGCACAUGGUAAGUUCUGGAACCUAAAACAGGUUUCUGGGACCUAAUUCUCCCCUUUUUUAAAAUAGAGUCCCAGGGUCCCCCAGCUACAGUCAGUCACAAAAUAGUGCCUUGGAAACUAGAGAGGCAGAGCCAGUCACAGCCAUAUGCUGCACACAGAAUGUAUCAUAGACUGGAGUGUGCUGCCCAUAGAAAUCCAUAAAUACUACAGACCAUGGGUUUUAUACAGUCGUGCUCAGUGUAGAUUUGAAAUUAAGGUAGUCAUUGCCAUUCACUUUAAAAGGUCUGUUUUGAGCAGGACUGGCAUAGGAUACAACCCCAUCAAUUCUGACACAAAACUCUUAAGCAGCUACACAACAGGAACAACUACACAGGCAACUUAUUAAGACCUCUAAUUUACAAGCAAGGAGUACCAACACUUAGAAUAGCUCAUCCACUCCUAGAAAGAAAAAGGGUUAUGUUUCAGAUUCUUGCUCUGAUUUUUUUGAGUGGAAGGUCUGAAUCAUAACUAUUGCAAUUGUCUUUUAAAAACAAAUAAACCAUGCAUCUUUGUUACACAGUGUGUCUGUCCCCCGUACCACUGUUUUAGCAGGUAAAAUCUUGGAUUAACAAAACCAGGGAUGGGGAAUAUUAUUCAACCCAAGGGCCCCUGUGGGGAACCUUUUGAGGGCCACAUGCCAGUUUUGGGCAAGAUCAGAGUCAAAGUGGACAGAACAAUGAAUAUGACUCUUAUCUUUUGUAUAGUUGAGUUGAGGAGAAUGAAAACAAAACGUUGUGUCCAUUUUCCUCCUACAGCUGGAUAGAUCAAGCCGGGAGAUUGAGCUAGGCCUGGAAUAUGGCACUCCUGUCAUGACCCUUACUGGACAGAGUAUGAGGUUUGAGAAUGGCCAGUGGAUAGCAGGUGAGAGAGAACACUAAUCCUGUUGGCCAUAAUCCAAAGGCAAUCCUUAUCAGGUUCUCAGCGGCCUCAUCCUGUUCCUCAGAAGAUACAACCCUUGCAAUAACCCCCAGCCAUCCUGAGUCUGUACUCCCAUUGUCCUGAUUCAGCUUGCGAGAGGAGGCUUAUCCCAUAUUUCUGGUAGUUUUUAAGGAGUUCAUCUACAUGUGCUGUGAAGUCUGAAUCCUGGACCCUUUCAGAUAGGUGUGUUUUCAGGAUCUCUGAAGGGCUUUCCUCCUUACCCCCUUAUUUGAUGUACUCUGGCAAAUAGUAGUAGUGUUGAUGCUCGUUCUGGUUUCCGGCCUUCGGUCAGGAGUGGUAUUUGUGUUGUAGUCUGGGUCUGACUAGGUGCAGAUGCUAGCUUGAGUGGGUGCCUGUGCAUGGUUCACCAAUGGUCAUUCAUCUCACAAGGCUACUGACACUCUUCUUGGGGAGGACAUUUAAUAGGCUGUCUUAAAGGUACACUAAGAUGUCAGCACAUUGACCGUGUUGGAUUUCAUCUAGCUAAUGCAGUUGCUUCUCAGAGCUGCCAGAGGCCAUAGUUGUGUAGUUUUUGACACUUUUCUGUGAGUGCAAGGUGAUUCUAGUACUGACCACUUUCUCUCUCCUAGAAUCAUUUGGGGACACCGGGGACCGCAGGGAGGCAAACCGCCUUCGGAAACGGAUCCAGCAGCUGGAGGAAGAGAACAAUCUCCUACAGCUGAAAAUUGACAUUUUGUUGGAUAUGGUGAGAAUGAGGUGAUUCACUCACCUCUGUGCAUCAAUAUGUCUUUGAUACCUGCAUUAAUUUCUCUACCUGAUACAAAACCAGGGGAAUGGCAAUGGUGACACAGUGAGUCAAUGUCUCGUGCGAUUCAAACCAGGCUCCAGAACACUUGAUGAUCUUAUUGAGAACCACAGCUGUCAACUUUCCCCUUUUCUUGGGAGGAAUCCUAUUUGGAAUAAGGGAAUUUCUUUUUUAAAAAGGGAAACGUUGACAGCUAUGUUGAGAACCCUAGGUUCCUUUUAUGAGAAGAUAGGCAGUGGCAGCAUGGCUGCCCAGAAAAGAGCUUUUCCAAUAUUAUUCUAUUGAUUUCCCCCACAAAGCCCAGGUUCAUAAGGAAUAUGAAAUGCAUUCCAGAGGACUAGUGCUGGCCAUUCAUUGUGAAUGUGCCUCAUAACAAGUCCCAGAAUCAUCUGCAAUAGGCAGAAUUUAAUGGAAGAUGCUAUGAUGUAGAAGGAAUUCCCUGUGGAUUUGUAGUUUGAAAUCCCCUGCUUUAGAGAGAAACAAACAAACGUACUUGUUUUUAAGGGUUACCAGCACUAAAACAACAUGGGAAAACAAAUGCCAUUUCUUCCUUUUAUUUGUAGCUCUCUGAGACGACUGCAGAGUCUCACCUCAUGCAGAAAGAGAUGGAGGAACUGAAAAAUUAUAGCCGAAAGAGGAAGUGAACUGGAUGUGAGGGCCUCUAAGAGGUGGAAGAGGGAAGAGCAAGAGGAUAUGGUUAAAACCAUCCACUGCAAGGAACUUAGGAAGCCUGCCUAACGUUGCUGGAUAUCCAGCCAGGACUCCAAAUGUGAAAUACUACACAUUCUACACGUUCUACAGUGCUGUCAGAAAGCAGCUAUCCUACUUUUCUUCUUCCCUAAUGGAGCUUCUAUCCAAGUGCUCUUAACAUAUUUCCGCAAUAUACAUUUAAUUUAAUCAGUAGCAGGUAGUGGUUUGUAGUUAAUAAGCAUCUCUUCCCACCCACCCAAGAAGGCAAUCAAGAUCAUGGGGUGUGCGGAGAGCAAAAGGAAAUGGGAGAAACUGCUUGCAACAUAUAGCUACAUACUCUUGCUGUCUCUCUCUUAACAUGUUUCAGAAAUGCUUUUCAAUUGGCUGUUUCGUAUCUUUGGGAUGCAUAAUUCUCUGGAACCUGAGCCAGUGAGCUGAUACAGACACCACUGGGGAUAGGCAGCAUCCUGGGCCCUUACCCUUAUAGUCCUGCAAUAUAUGUUAGUGAGGGAAACCUUUGAUAAUCGGAGAUGACAGUGAACAAUUUGGGAAGUUACAUGUUUCAGUCGGCUCACAGUCAUUCUGAAUAGCAGUGGCCUAAACUCUAAAGCUGACUGACACACCACGGGGGGGGGACCUUUUCAGCAUAGUGGGCCAGAUCCUUAGUUCACCCAAAUGUCAAUCAUCUGAUGUCACUGUGUUUUGAGGUGACCUAUUUUUCCUUUGCAGAGCAGCUUGAGUUCACAGCCACAGUACAGUGAUGUACCGGGAAGCAUGAGACCUCUGUCCUAUAUGUUCUUUCAUCUCUUCCUUUCCCACGCCAGCCCAGUGAUGUGCUGUAUUGCCUUAUUAGUAUGACAAAACUCCACAUUGAACAACUGGUUCUCUUCCAUUUUUAUCCCUCUCCUUCAUGAUGUAUCAGAGUUCUAUAACACUCCAUGAAUUCUGUGUGCUUUCUGCCUUCUUCCUUAUCCUGGUAAAAAACAAUUCUUCAGGCAAUUCUUUGUACAGCCACCAGUUCCAUUCAGGCCACUGUAAGUUAAAUGUUG